AUUACUGAAAAGAAAUAGCUGUGGAUUUUAUGCUCAAAUGGAAAACACACUAAAAAAUGCAUGAAGUUUAACGUAAAACAAACCCUUUUCUCAAGAUGUCUCUUGUUCAUUUAAAGGAACAGUAAAUAUAGGCUAUUCAAUUUUUAAAAAAAAAAAAAAAAACAACAACAACAAAAAUAGAUGUCUUCAGCUAUCAAAGGUGCAAUUUUUUAUAUUCUCCAUUCUGCCAGGGUACUAACACUUAGAGACAGACAACCAUUCACACUCAUGUUCAGAUCAGAGGGCAAUCUAGAAUUAUCAACUAACCUUACCCCAUUAACUGCAUGUCUUUGGACUGGCAGAUCACUGUGGAAUGAUCUGCCCUUGCACGUGAGGCAGGCCUCUUCUCUUUCUGAGUUUACAACUGUUCUUAAAACAUAUUUAUUUGCUAAAGCCUUUGGCACUCUUUUAAGGGGUUGACUCAAUUUGACUCUUUUUUUUAAACACGUUUGAUGUUAUAUUUUUGUUUAUGCUAUUUGUAUAUGGCCCGCCCUCUUGAAUACAGUGGUCAAGAUGGACAUCACAAUUCUGCCUAAUCAAAUUUUAUGUAUGUGGUUAGAGACCAGCCACAUAUAAGGUUAACCCAUUCAUCUGCCUCCUCCUCCACCACUCCUAUGCCUCCUUCCACAUUUCCACCUCAACCAGUUCCUUCUCAUCUCCAGCUUCAUCUCCGAAACUGAAGUCAUCCCUCUAAUACAUGAAAACAUGCUUGUUUAGUCCUAAUAUUGUCUCAAUUUCUUAUUGUCACCAGAUCAUACAUACGACUGCCCCAUCUCUGGACAGCUAACAAUGACCCAGCUAAAAAACCAGCUGGUUAUGACCCAACAUUAUGCCAGAUAAUUUUAGGCUCAGGUGUCCUAAAAAUAAUUAUUUCCCUCUAUUAAACAGUUUGAUUACAUUUUCAUAUCAUACAAGAGUUUAUUUACUAUGUGUUUGAGUCCAAAAAUGUUAGAUCCACUUCAAAGAAAGUUUCAAUAUUGCCAGUUGACAGCAGCUAUCAACAGCAAAAAAGGAAGUUCAGGAUAUUCUAAGCAACUCACCUCAGCAAUGCUGUCAUGAGACAGAAGUGAGCUUCACUGACUCAUCAGCUCACAUCAGCUUUCAGUUUUACAGCCUCCUCCAGAGUAAAUAGAUAUGGGCAUAUAUUUACAGCUAAGGUAAACAGUGGACUGGCAGCCUACUCUCACUACAGCGGCCACCAUAGCUAGGAUUAUGAACUUAAAUUGGGAUGAUUAAGAAAACAGAACUCAGUUGAUUGCAAUCUGCAAUCUACUGACAUCUAGUGGUGAUAUUCUACACACUACACCUUUAAUACAAUGGAUCUAAAACUUUUUCUGGCACACCCAAGUUUAAAGCUUCCUCUUCCUUGUUAUACUUCUUUUUUGGCUGCUCCCUUUGUGGUCGGUAUAGCAGAUCACCUGCCUCCAUCUCAUUCUAUCUCUAGAAUCAUCUUCUGUCAUACCAGCCCUAUGUCCUAUUUGACUACAUCCACCUCCUCUUUGGUCUUUCUUUUCUCCUCCUGCCUGGAAGCUCCAUAUUCAGUAUCCUUUGUCCAGUACAUCCACUAUCCCUCCUCUACACAUUUGCAAACUAUGUCAGCCUUGCUUCUAUAAAUUUGUCUCCAAACUGUUCAAACUGAACUGUACUCAUUUCUAAUCCAACAAAAAUCUUAGCUGAAGCCAAAAAAAAGUGUCAAACACCCACAAUAUUUAUCAGUCACAAACAAUGAAAAGGUCAGUAAAAUAAGAUCAUUAAGCUCUUCUUUGCCUGCCUGUAGGUGUGUAUUAAUACCUGAAUAUGAAGUUACAGGGAAAACCCUCUUAUAACAGGAAUGGUACGUGGACAAUAUUUAAGUGAUGAGAUGUUUUCCAUUUAUCUCUAGCUGAGCCAUGGAGGCUAAACUAAUUUUGAAAGAAUGAGCAGCUGGCCAAUCCCCCACCAUGCUUAUUUUAGUCACUGAAUGCUUUUGCAGAUUAAGCAGGCAGUGAUUGGCAGAGUUGUGUAUCUGUGUCCUAAACAUUUGGGGCUCACAGCACUUUAGGCAUCUUUACCAACAAACUGAUUAACAAGGGAUCUAAAUUUUCAGUUUAACUAAGAGAAACGAUGGAAGAAAACAAGAAUGAGCUAGGAAAGAAAGCAGAAGAUGAAGCUCAUGUUCUAAAUAUAAACCUGACACGGGAUACUGAGGUUUCCCAGUCACCCUCCACUGUUAUUGUUGAAGGCCAGCCUUCUUCUGCUGCAGAAAAUGGAGAAAUCAGCCCAAAUGUCCAACCCGCCCCCAUCACAGAUAAGGAAAAUGCUAUUAAGCCAAAACUCCAGAUUACUUUUACCACAUUCACUGUCAAGAAUGGUGAAGAGUUAAAAGUAGAGGUCCCAGUCUUUGGGAACCCAGCACCAAAAGUUGAAUGGAGAAAAGAUGGCCAGGGAGUAAAAGAAACAUCAAGGCUAGAGAUUUCAACCACACCGUCAUUAACAGUCCUUCAUAUCAGACAUGCUAUCAGGGAGCACUCUGGUCAGUACUCUGUCACUGCAGCCAACAGUGCUGGAAAAUAUACAGGGGAAAUCACCGUGGUUGUUCUUGAAAAGCCAGACCCUCCCACAGGACCUGUCAGGAUUGAUGAAGUCAGUUCAGACUAUGUUACCAUCUCCUGGGAGCCACCUGAAUACACAGGAGGCUGUCAACUAGACAACUAUGUAGUGGAGAAACGGGAAUCUACAAGUAUGGAGUGGCAGACUGUUUCUGCAACUACAGUAAGAACCACAAUCAAAGUUACCAAGUUGAAGACAGGAAAUGAAUACCAAUUCAGAGUGUUUGCAGAAAAUAGAUAUGGAAAAAGUACUGCAAUCACAUCACCCAUUGUAGUUGCGCAAUAUCCAUUCAGUGUUCCUGCUGCCCCAGGCACCCCCUUUGUUUCCACUGUUACAAAGUACAGCAUGGUGGUUGAAUGGGAGCCUCCAGUCAGAGAUGGAGGCAGUCCUGUCAUUGGCUAUCACCUUGAACGCAAAGAAAAGAACAGCAUUUUAUGGACCAAACUUAACAAAUUUGUUAUACCUGAUGCUCGCUUCAAAACAAGUGGGCUUGAAGAAGGUAUUGAGUAUGAAUUCAGAGUUUUUGCUGAAAAUAUUGCAGGGCUCAGCCCAUCUAGCAGGAUAUCAGAAUGCUAUGUGGCAAGAGACCCCUGUGAUCCACCUGGUAAACCUGAAGCCGUUGUCAUUACGAGAGAGAACAUUACACUCCAGUGGGCAAAGCCCAAGUAUGAUGGUGGAAGCAGUAUUACAGGCUAUGUUGUAGAAAAAAAGGAGCUCCCGGAUGGCAGGUGGAUGAAGGCAAACUUUACGAAUGUUAUUGAGAAUCAGUUCACAGUCACAGGUCUGACAGGAGGACAAAGUUAUGAAUUUAGAGUAACUGCUAAGAAUGGGGCUGGUGUUUGGAGUCCACCUUCAGAAAGUGCAACCAUCAUUGCACAGGAUGUCAUUGAAGGACCCACUGCAUCAGUUGAUCCUAAAUUCAAGAGUACUAUAGUUGUUCAGGCUGGAGAGCCAUUCGUCAUUGAAGCUGAUUACUCUGGAAAGCCUCUUCCAGCAGUAACAUGGUUGAAAGAAGGAAGAGAAAUCGACAAAGUCACACCAAGAAUGGAGAUCAAAACCACUCUCACACAUACAACCCUGACUAUCAGGGACUGUACACGAGCAGAUGGGGGACACUUUCUCUUAAGCCUCACUAACAUUGGUGGAACUACUUCUGUCCCAGUUAAUUUGAAGGUCCUGGAUAGACCUGGUCCUCCUGAUGGACAGCUGAAGGUAAAAGUUAUCAGUGCAGAGAAAUGCAGUCUUCACUGGAAUCCCCCCUUAAAUGAUGGAGGUGCAACUGUUUCUCAUUACAUCAUUGAAAAAAGGGAGACCAGUCGUGUUACAUGGACAGGAGUUGAAGCUCAUGUUGAAGCUCUCAGUUACAAAGUAACAAAACUGGUACCUGGCAAAGAAUAUGUAUUCAGAAUUGCUGCCGUGAACAAAUAUGGUGUUGGAGAAUUUUUGGAAUCAGACCCCUUAAUUGCACAAAAUCCUUUCACACCACCAAGUGCACCUUCUACACCUAUAGCUACAGCUGUGACUGGUGACUCUGUAACAUUAACAUGGGAAAGGCCUGAGACUGAUGGAGGUUCAGAGAUCGAUGGCUUCAUUGUGGAGAAACUUGACAAAGAGGGUGUCAGGUGGACUAAAUGCAACAAGAGAAGACUAAAUGAUUUGCGUUUCCGAUGUACUGGGCUCACAGAGGGGCAUUACUACCAGUUUAGAAUACUUGCAGAAAACGCAGCUGGUGUGGGUGCUCCCAGUGAUCCAAGUGAAUAUAUAAAAGUAUGUGAAGCUACUUACCCGCCUGGUCCACCAACCAACCCCAAAAUGACAGACUAUUCUAGCAGUACUGUGUCUCUGACUUGGUCAAAACCAAUCUAUGAUGGAGGAGCCACCAUCAGUGGAUAUGUAGUAGAGAUGAAAGAAGCAACAGAUGAUGAGUGGAUUACAUGCACACAAAGCGCAGGUGUAGAGGACACAAAUUACACUGUCAAAAGACUGAGAGAAAAUGCAGAGUACAAUUUUCGUAUUCGCGCAAUAAAUGCUGCUGGAGUCGGAGACCAUGUGGAUCUACCUGGGUCUGUGGUUGCAGCUGAAAAAGUAGAGGCACCAGAGAUUGAGCUGGACGCUGCCUUGAGGAAGACUGUCAGCGUUCGAGUCUGUUCCACUUUACACCUCUUUGUUACCAUCAGAGGAAGGCCAGAGCCCGAGGUUAAAUGGUCAAAGGAAGGUGACACCCUCAGUGAGCGUGCUCAGAUCGAGGUAACAAGCUCCUACACUGUGCUACUCAUUGAAAAUGUCAACAGAAAUGAUACUGGGAAGUAUGUGUUGACGGCUUCGAACUGCUGUGGCUCCAAGUCAGCAUUCAUCAAUGUGAAAGUUUUGGACUCUCCCAGCGCACCAACAAACUUGGAGGUAAAGGAUGUAAAGAGGGAUUCUGUGUCCAUCUCCUGGGAGCCACCUUUGAUUGAUGGAGGAGCAAAGAUUUCGCACUACGUUGUAGAGAAGCGAGAGGAGACUAGAAAAGCAUUCACAAGCGUCUUUAGCAACUGCAUGAGGAAUUCAUAUAAGAUCGACAAUUUACAGGAAGGAUGCUUCUAUUAUUUUCGUGUCCUGGCUGUAAAUGAGUUUGGCACUGGGCUGCCAGCAGAAACCACAGAAGCUAUUAAAGUCUCUGAGGUGCCCCUGCCUCCUGGCAAGAUCACACUCAACGAUGUCACAUGCAGUAGUGCAAGACUCUCUUGGGAAAAGCCAGCCCAUGAUGGAGGAAGCAAAAUCACAUGUUAUAUUGUAGAAAUGCAAGCUAAGGGAGAUGACACAUGGACAAAAUGUUCAGAGAGUAAAGCGCUCGAUGCAAUUAUUGAUGGCCUGACAAAAGGAAAAGAGUACUUCUUUAGAGUGUGUGCAGUGAAUGAGAAGGGAAAGAGUGAGCCAAAAUGCCUGCUGGCACCUGUGAUAGUAAAGGAUACCAGUACUGAGCCUAUGAUCAGUCUGCUGUCCAACACAUUCAGUGUGAAGGCAGGAAAUGAUUUAAAGAUCGAUGUUCCAUUUAAAGGGGUACCACCACCAACAGCAACCUGGAAAAAAGACGGCAAUGCACUGAAAGAGACAAGCAGAGUAAAUGUGAGCACAUCUGACACGUCAUCUCAGAUCAUUAUCAAAGAUGCAACCAGGAUAGAUGUUGGUGUUUAUGAGGUGACCCUGACCAACUCCGUUGGAACCACCUCUGCUCAAAUAUUUGUUAAUGUUUUUGAAAGGCCUGGUCCUCCAGCAGACCUCAGUGUUGAUGAUGUCAGUGCUGACUUUGUGUCUCUGUCAUGGCAGCCUCCACAUUACACUGGUGGAUGUCAAAUCACUAAUUAUGUUGUUGAGAAAAGAGAUACAGGCAGUACAUUAUGGCAGAGUGUAUCAGCUACAGUUGCAAGAACAUCAAUCAAAAUUUCCCGUCUGACACAAGGCACUGAAUACCAGUUUCGUGUUGCUACAGAGAAUCGCUAUGGAAAGAGCCAAUUCACUGAGUCAGAGCCUGUUGUUGCUCAGUAUCCCUUCAAGCCACCUGGCUCACCACCCAAUCUUCAUGUUGUGCAGGCCUCAAAGUCUGUUAUGGUCAUUGCUUGGAGCAAACCGGAGAGUGAUGGUGGCAGCCCUAUUAUUGGGUACCACAUUGAAUGCAAAGAUCAAAGCAGUAUUCUGUGGAAAAAAUUGAACAAAAGCCCAGUGACGGAAAACCAGUAUAAGGUGACAAGUGUUGAGGAGGGUCUUAUAUAUGAGUUCCGGGUGUGUGCAGAGAAUAUGGCAGGUGUUGGACCCUGUAGCAAGCCAUCUGACCCUGUAGCAGCUAGAGACCAGUGUGAUCCCCCAGGCAACCUCACUGUCACCAAUAUAACUAACACUUCAGUAACUCUCUCGUGGGACAAGCCAGAAUAUGAUGGUGGAGCUAAAAUAACUGGUUACAUCGUUGAGCGCAAAGAACUGCCUGAUAGUUGCUGGCUUAAGUGUAACUUCACAAACUUAUUGGACACCUUCUUUGAAGUGACUGGCCUCACAGAGGGUGAACAGUACAACUUUCGUGUUAUUGCAAAGAAUGCAGCGGAGCUCUUCAGUCCACCCUCUGAAACAACCGGACCUGUCACAGCACAGCACAAUGUAGAGCCACCCAAAAUUAUCUUGGAAGACAAAUUUCAACAGGUGGUGGUUGUCAAAGCAGGAGACCUCCUAAGAAUAGAAGCUGUCAUCUCAGGCCGCCCCAACCCUACAGUGUUUUGGCUGAAGAAUGGUAGAAAUAUUGGCACCACAGGACGAGUUGAAAUAACUGCAACAAAAACGCAUACCUCUCUGCUUAUCAGAGAAACUGUUAGGAAAGACUCUGGGCAGUAUACUCUUACUCUCCAGAAUACAGGGGGUACCACAUCUAAGGCUAUCACCUGCAAAGUACUAGACAGGCCUGGUCCACCUGCUGGACCCCUCGAAGUUUCUGGACUUUCAGCAGAAAAGUGCACCCUCUCAUGGGGAACUCCUCAUGAGACUGGUGGGGCAGAGAUCAUGUACUACAUUGUUGAGAAAUGUGAAACCAGCCGUGUUGCCUGGAUCCUUGUGUAUGGUGACAUGAUGUCAACUACUUGCAAGAUAACCAAACUUCUCAAAGGAAACGAAUACCUGUUUAGGGUGAGGGCAGUCAACAAAUAUGGUGAGGGUGAGACUUUGGAAAGUGACCCAGUCAAGGCCAUGGAUCCUUUUACCAUCCCAUCUGCUCCAACAGAUGUUGAGGUCACAAGUGCAACCAAUGAAGCGAUGACUAUUUGCUGGAAGACACCCGCCUCUGAUGGUGGCAGCCGCAUCAGCGGUUACAUUGUAGAGAAAAGGGAGAAGCAGGGCAUCCGUUGGGUCAGGGUCAAUAAGAAGCCAGUCUAUGACCUACGAGUCAAAGCCUCUGGUCUGCAUCCGGGAUCUGAGUAUGAAUUCAGAGUCUUUGCUGAGAAUGCUGCUGGGCUAAGUGAACCAAGUUUGCCAUGUCCACUCACCUUGGCAGAGGAUCCAAAGUUUCUUCCUUCCCCUCCAGUAAAGCCGACUAUAAUUGAUUCAUCCAGAUCUUCAAUCACUCUGUCAUGGAACAAACCGGUGUUUGACGGUGGAGCGGCAGUUACAGGGUACAAAGUUGAAUUCAGAAAAUCAACAGAAGAAGACUGGACUGUUGCUGUUCAGAACACAGAUAGGACAGAGUUUACAGUAACUGGACUCACAUCGGGGACAGCAUAUGUUUUUACUGUCAGAUCCAUAAAUAAAGUUGGUAUUAGUGAGCCUAGCCCAGAAACAGACCCCGAAGUAGCUACAGAGCGAGAGGAGAAGCCCGAGAUUCACAUUAACCCUGAGAUGAGAAAGACUCUGCCUGUUAAAUGUGGCAGCUCCUUCACAUUGAUGGUGCCUUUCACAGGCAAACCUGUUCCCAGUGUGUCAUGGGGGAAAGCAGAUGUUGAUCUGCGAGUCAGAGGAAUGAUCAACACCACGAGCUCUGCCACCUCUAUCACAGUGGAACGAGCAACACGUGAUGACUCUGGCAAAUAUACUGUCAAACUGCAAAAUGCUGCUGGAGCUGCCUCUUUGACCCUAAAUGUGAGGGUUUUAGAUUCACCUGGUCCCCCGGCUCAUAUAAUAGUUAAAGAUGUGACUAAGAACUCUGCCAAUGUUACCUGGGACAUUCCUGAGAAUGAGGGAGGGUCUCCCGUGAAGAACUACCUUGUAGACAUACGAGACAUCAGCAGAACGGGAUGGAUAAGACUUACUGACAAGUGUCGCCGAUUGUCUUACAAGGUGUCCGACCUGGAGGAGGGAGGAAUCUAUUUCUUUAGAGUCACAGGAGAAAAUGAGUACGGGAUUGGGGUUCCAGCUGAGACCAGAGAGGGAACAAAAAUGACAGAUACAACAGACUGGGAAACAAAUCCAGGAGCCUAGCUUGCCCCACGUUAAGAUAAUCAUCUCCUGAAAUUUGGAGAAGAUAUUCAUCUUUUUUGUUUUUGUUUUUGUUUUGUUUUUUAU